AUGGCUGGAUUAAGGGAAAAGGGGGCGCAUUUGGUUUUGGUCAGUUUCGGUGUUCCAACUUUAAUCNAGACAUAUACUACGAUAAAAAUUUUGGAUGCAGCCAUGCAGAGAGGUUUGAAAAAUAACCAUAAGAGUGAAGCUAAAAAGGAAAUUGAAAGCAGAUUCUUACGAGUCACUACCAAGAACCGGCAAGGAGAUGAAUUGGACAAAGACAAUAAACUUCAGAAAAGCUCCACAUUCAAAGCGUCUCCAUUGCCAAGCUUCUAUCAUCGAAGAAAUCCUCCCUCAAAACCUGAAAUAAAUAAGAUCCAAGCAGCACGUCCCAAGUCUCCUGUAACUGGGGCGAGAAGGAAGUCCAUGUCCAGCGCUGAUAAACCCAAAUCAGAAGAAAAGGGCAAGACUGUUGCCAGAAAAAUAAGUAGUAAUGGCGCAAAGGAGACAAUAAGCAAACUAUUGAAAAAUACCAAAAAGACUUUGAUUGGUUCCAAAGAAACCAUGAAAGGUGUUGUUGCAAGUGCAUGAGACUUCACGAUGCAAAGAUUCUCAUAUAUAAUAAUAGAGUCUAAAAA